CAUAAUUAAAAUCGGUUACAUAGUUGAUAGAACUUACAACUAUUGGGUUGUAUGAACAAUUAACUUAGUUUUAUUUUUGUCUAGCUCAAAAUUUCUGAUUAAGCACUGCUACUUCAAUUGAUGUUUUUAAGUGUACUGACCGACGUUCGCUGACGUCAUAUACGUCCUGACGUACGGCUUCUUUCUAACCGACGCUACCAGAAAAUCUUUCCAAUAUGGCUGACAGAGCGACGUGAGUCACACGGAGAAACUUGCUGGCUGAAGUGGAAGUGGAGCCUUCUCAAGAUUAAGAAAAAGUAAAUGUGAACUUGGGUUGAAGGAAAAGUGCUGUUGACGCCCAAACGUUUUGUACUGCUGCACUAACAGUGUAUGUUAGGAUAAAGAAAACAGAUGAUGGCAGCACCCCAGAAAUUUAUGCUUCGUGUUUACAUUUCCACUGAUAUUGCUGUUAAAGUAACUCUGACGGGGCGACCGGAAUCAGUGGAUGACCUAAUCGCCAUACUGCGAGAGAAAGUCAAGCCAAGACUGGAUUUUGAAUUUACCCUCCAGUAUGAGGAUCAAGAUUUUGAUGCACAGCUGAGCUGUCUUGUUGACAUUCAAGAGUUACCAGAGAAGGGAACACUCAAGGUUGUUAGAUCAGAAUCUGAAACCAGCUCACUUGCAAGUUCUGAUACAGAAACUCUUCCCCAUGUGCCUGUAAGCCAGCGUCAGAAGACCUGGCCGGACAUUUUCCCUGUGCCUACUUUUUCUUAUGAAGUGGAGCAUGUGCUAGAACAGGGUAACAUUGCCUAUGAAAGAUCUGGAAAGACAAUGAAAUUAUCAAGGGCGCAAAAGCACAACAUCCUGGAGAGCAUGGCUGCAGUGAUCCACAGCUUCAAACCUUACCCAAGUGACAGAGAUGUGGGUAUGGCAGCAGAAGCUCUCGUCACAGCUCAUCCAUGUCUUAAGGAGCCUGGAAGUGUAAGUGGAUGGUACGGAUGGAAGAUGUGCCUUAAGUUUAAAAUGGGUAAUUACCGUACCAAGCUAGCCAGAUCUGGAUGUCUCGAGGUGUCUGUCAACACGGGCAAAAGGAGCAAGAAUAAUCCAGACAAAGAUCAUCCCCACUCCAACAUAAAAAGAGCCAGACGGGCUGAAGUAAACUUCCUCCCAAACUUUCCCAGGGGACAAAACCAGGCCAGUUUGGAAGAAAUGAGAGUAGAGAUUCUACGUGAAGUUGAGAAGAGUGAGAAAAACCUAUUGAUCAUAGAGAAUCUUAUGCAGACAACAUUCGCCCUUCGUCGCCAGGAGAUUGUACAGGAAAACCCAAUGGUGAAGGACUUCUUGGUGAGAUGGCCAGCGCUUCGGAUUGAAUCGCAGGUUUGUGCAGAGUACCAUCGAAUCACAAACACCAAUCUUUUGAACCAGUUCUAUGCCGAACUUGACAGGCACAUACCACAACUGUUUGGUCUGUACAGACAAAAGGCAUCACGUACUGGCAAGACCUCGGAGGCGCUGCGUGACAUCUUGAAGAUUUAUGAUCAUCAGGAUUUACAUGAUGUCAACAUAAAACGCACUUUAGCACUUCGUGCCCUAGCAGUAUACCUGCGUGAGGAUGACCCACAGUUCUUUAAGACUUGGAAUGUAGAAGAGUCGGGUGAGCCAGACAUCGCUGACACCCCUGUUGGUCUGGUGAUGAUGGUCACUGAGAACACUACUGGUCCAAUCUGUUUCAACUCUGCUAGCACUGCUAUUGUGGUGGAAGAUGAUUUUGUGAUGAGCGACAUCCCCAGGUUUUCUGAUGCAUUUGUAUUGUUGUUUGGGUUAAUCUAUGCAUUGCAUUUGAAUUACCCAAACAAGCUCAUUUAUACCUUUACAUUCAUCCAGAAAAUACUGAUGGGUCUUGAUGACGGUAAACCACUGAAGCCCUGCUUACUCAAUCUCAAAAAUGACCUAUUACAAAAAGAGUAGGCACAUUUUCAGAUUGUGUACAAGUGUUGUUUAAAGCAUUUGUAUGUUACAUUUGUGCCACCAAAUGUAGCUUAGUUGCACUUUAACUACAACACAAACUUAAUCAAGUUUUGUUUGUUCAUCACAAGUUUUUUUUAUGUUGUUGAACAUUUUAAUGUUUACAUUUGGUAGGUUCUGUCUUGGCUAACAAAUCUGCCUGCGUUGUACUUAAAGUACAACAAAAACUUGGUGAUUGUUUUACAAGUGUGUUUUGUUGAACAUGCAGUUUCAAACGUUUUAAUGUUUACAUUUUGUAGGUUGUCUUAGCCAUAAAAAUGUACCUGUUGCACUUGUAAUGCAGCAAAAACUAUGUCCCAAACAUGAUGUGAAAUUAUGUAUUUUGUUUUGCCUUUUAUUUAUUUGUCUCUUUAUUUCCUGUAUAUUUUUUCAUUAUAUCUAAUUUCUUUCUUGAAAAGAAACAUGUUUUGUUUUGUUUAUUGAUUUUGUUUGCUUGAUGGCCAUUUUAGUCAAAGGGUUUUAAAAAGUUAUUGCUGUUAACUGUUAAAAAGUUAAUAACCG